AUGCGAAGAAAAGUAGAUCAGUGUCCUGCCGAUAUCAUUCUAGCACCAUCAGGGUGCCCCUUGACUGACCUCGAGUAUGCUGACGAUGUCGUUAUAUUCGCGGAAAGCAGUACGAAACUUCAACAUGUUGUCAACCUCGUAUCGAAGCUGGCUGCAGCCUAUGGACCACGACUACGCCCUGAUAAAUUCAAGCAGAUGUGGAUCUCUUUGAGACCUCGAAAUGGAAUCAGGGUGGACGGACAAACGAUAAAACUCGUCGAUGAGUUCUGUUACUUGGGCUGUACGCUGAAGAACAACGGCAGCUACGAGAAAGAUAUUCAGCAGGGAUGCUCUGAGGCCGCUUCCGCAUUCAACUCCUUAACAAAAUGCCUGGGGCCGACUACCAUCACCAACUAA